AAUAUAAUGUUUCAUUCAUCAUCACUCACUUCUCUAGCUCAACCACUUUCUCAUAUCUCUGCUCUUACCAAACCAAAUCAAACCCUCUUCAAUCAUGGAAUUCACAGCAGAACAACUGAUCCAAUACAACGGCACAGACCCAUCAAAGCCGAUCUACUUAGCAAUCAGGGGCCGUGUUUUCGAUGUCAGCACCGCCAAAUCUUUCUACGGUCCCGGCGGCUCCUACGCCAUGUUCUCCGGCAAAGAUGCAAGCCGAGCUCUCGCUAAAAUGAGCAAGAACGACGAAGAUAUCUCUCCCAACGUCGACGGUCUCACCGAAAAGGAAGUGGGUGUUCUUAACGAUUGGGAAAAGAAAUUCGAAGCUAAGUAUCCCAUUGUUGGCCGUGUUAUUGCUUCUUAAAUUGCUGUAUUCUCUGGUUUUAUGUGCUGUGUUUGAUCUAAUAAAAUAUAAUUGUUUUAAUAUUAUAUUUGAUGAAGUAUGAGUCAAGUGAACUGUAUGUGUAUGUUUUCUGUUAUGAUUAUUGAAUAAAAUUGGGGUAUGUUUAUGAUAA